AUGGCUGUCGGCAUAGCCCAGACAAGGCCGACGGGGGCCGUCGGCAUAGAUAUGGCCGUCGGCAUAGGGCCCCGUUCCGGUAGUGAGUGCCUAGACACUGCUGGUUUAUAUCUUCUUGAUGAUGGCUUCACCUUCCUAGUAUGGUUGGGCAGGAUGCUCCAACCUGAGCUCAUGAACGACAUUCUUGGAGUCAGCCUCUCAAACUUCCCUGAUUUAUCAAAGAUUCAGUUGAGAGAAUGUGACAACAAUCACUCAAGAAACUUCAUGGCAGUACUAAGAGCCCUAAGGGAGAGGGAUUCUUCAUGUUACCAGCUGCCCCGUGUGGUACGGCAAGGCGAGCAGCCAAGAGAAGGCUUCCUACUUCUGUCCAACCUCGUCGAGGAUCAGAUGGCAGGAACAAGCAGUUACAUGGACUGGAUACUCCAAAUUCACCGCCAAACACAGAGCUCGUGAUGAUGUAUGGUGGAUGUUCCAGAAAUUUUUGUUUUUGUGUAAACUGCUGCAGAUUCGGCUGCUGUGCCAGUCCCCGGUCGCCCUCAUAACCAUUGGAACAAAAAAUGGCGAGCCAGCUGUGUUCUACAUAUGCCAUCCUGUUAGCAGCAGCAGCGCUCUCGCUGUCGGCGAGCAAUACAAACUUUAUUGUUAAUAUUUCGUCCUUGUGAUUAUUUUUUGUGACGAGAAAAGGAUACAUAGCUGUUGUACCAGAAUAAGUAGGCAGCACCUUUGGUAAAUUGUACAAGCGUUUGGAGUCUUCUGUAGGGGUUUGUACGUUUUCGUAUCGUCGACAACUUUAGUUAUCAAGAUUGUGUAAACUCUUGUUUGACUGUUGGUACUCAUCUGUAUGCAAAGUGAAGCGCCUUUUAACUCAUGGUGUGUGCUGUAGGUGACAAAUGAAUUCAAGAUUCAUAUUUUCUUGUGAUA